UUAAUAUUUGCCUUAUUGUAAAAUUAUUUAUAACUUUUAUUUUUUAUUAAUUGAUUUUUAAUAUUUUACAAAGAUAUAAUUAUGUCUAAGACCAAGGCUGGUUUCAUUGAUUGUGAAACAUGUAAAAAGUACAUUGUUCAAUGGUGAUGAACUCAUGAUUUACAAUAUCACGCCGCUUUAAGAUGACGUAAAAAUCACAUGCUCUGCAGUUACUGGCUUGAAUUAGACUUUCUUUCGCGAGUCCGCGAGUGUCGCGAAAAAAGUCGAGCACAGCCAAUACCAUUUAAUUACGAUCCACCUCAUAAUCAAGUGGGACUUUUACCAAAAGUCAAAGUCUUUGGUGAUAAAACAGCAAGCUCAGCGCUGCUUGCAUCAAGUGUAUUCUCAUCCAUCGCACUGUCCAUUUCACUCGUCUCGCAAAAAUGAGUCUGCCUAAUAGCAACGGCUGUGUGCCGGUACCACCGCCAUCACCUCCACCUUCACCAACACCGGCGCCCUCUUAUCUCGGCAAUGCGUCCGGCGGUCCAUCGAGACCUUCGAUCACCACCAGCCCUGUGGGAACGCACGAAGAUAAUUUCAAAACCCUGAUCAAGAAGACCAACGAUGAGGUGAAAAAAGACACAAAUUCGUGCGUCAAAGGCAUCCGAGUACAACGGAUGAACCGAAUCUUGAACACCGCCCACUGGCACAACUAUUCCAACUCCAAAUCGGAAGUGGCCAGCCAAUGUUCGGGAAGGGCUCGAGAAAUGCACCUUUUCCUCACGUCGCCUCACAUGGAUGAUAUUGUGAACGGAGGUUUGGAUUUUCAUCGAGAUGCCAAACAGGGAAACUUUGGAAAUGGCUUGUACCUUACGGAAAGUGUCAUUAACGCUAGUCGAUUUUCAUUUCCUUCAAAAUUUGGAUGUGACUCUCAUAAAAAUCCAAAAUGCGAGACGUGUGUGCGAAAAAUGCUGGUCUGCCGCGCUGUAGUAGGAAAGUCCUUCUCAACGAGAAACCCGACCACCCUUCCUCAGGGCUUCCAUUCGGUACAAGGGAUGAAAAACGGCAAACCGGCGCCAAUUUAUGUGAUUUUCAACCCCAAUCAGGUGAUUCCUGCCUUUUAUGUUGAGUUCACCACCAAUUUUGGAGGAGGUGGAAGAGCCAGCAAUAAUAAUAAUUACAGCACACAAAGCACUCAAAGCCAAAGGGGUGGUUCUGGUUCUGCACACAUUCCAAGCAACAGAGGUGGGGGUUACCAGCAACAGUGGCAAAGCGGUGCCAGAGCUGCAACAAACGGCAGAAAUGGUUCUUCCACUGGUUCCAGGGGCUACAACCCAAGGGGCAGUGGCCGAGGCGGCCACCAGGGCCAAGGACGCUCUUCAGGUGGAGGUGCGCGCGGAAGGAACACUUCAAAUUCGGGAAACACCUUUGCCGACAUUGCCAGUCAAGUUGCCUCAACUGUCUUGCCAAUGGUCACGGGAAAUGCCCCGCCAAGGAUUAAUGGUCAAAUCGGCAACGCCAACGUCAGUAUGGGCCUUGGGACAAAUGCAGCAGGCCGGCCAGCCUUUGAUUUCGGUUUGAAUGGAGGCUCCUGCCCUGGUUCCCCAAGUUAUGGUCUCAACUUUAGCCUCGGACUGUAAAAAAAUCAACAAAAUCUUAUAAAUGAUCCUCUAUUUUAAUUUGAUUGCUCUUUAUUAAUUUCAAAUUUAGUUAUUUUUAGAAAGAGGGAAAAAAGUUAUCACUUAUUAUACUAUGUUAAAAGCUGUUAAGAGAGAGGACUCAUAAGAUUUGAUCCAAUUUGAUCAAUGUUUACCUGAAUAGUUUUUGUAUUAGGAACAAAAUUAAAAAAUUGGAAAAUUUGUGAUAAAAUUUAAAAAUCCGCUGUAUAAUUAUCAUAGCUUGCUAUGAGCAAGAAUGUUUGAACUUAAAUUUGUCCAUUUUCAUUUUGUGUUCAUUACUCAGGCGCGCGAGCUUGCUAAUUACCGGCUGCAGAUCGACUUUUUUAAACAAAGCAAUCUUUAUUAUGCAAAAAUUGGCCUGGACGUGCAUUAUGCAGACGCACAAUGAGGAACAAAGGUGUGCGCUUUGGUUAUCAGAGAGCGCGCUAAUUGUUUUAUGCACCGAAAGCAAACGGGAGGCGGCAGCUGCGAGAUGCAUAAACCUUAUUAGCACAUAAAAGGGCGCUCUUUAAUGCUCUCGGUGCCCACUGCAUUGCCUGCAUUCUCUGAGCCAUCACACGGCUCUUUUGUUGCGACGUUAAUUACGCGCGUUCAAACAGAAAUGUAUAUUGAAAAUUCAUUUUUAUAGAGUAAUGGCUAUUUUUCUCCUGUGUUCAUAAUUUAAAAUCCAUGAAGAUUAAUUUAAGCUUUAACUCUUUAGUUCGUAAAUAAAUCAAGUUGUUUUUAUUUUAUCAUGCUGAUCUUUCCUCCACAUUUAAAACCAAAGGUGUGAGGUGUAAAUCCAGCUCAACUAGCCGGUAUGAAAAAUGAAUUAAGUAGAAUAGUUCCAUUUCCAAAGGAUGUAACUUUUUUGUCACAUAGUUUUAUAAAAUUGAAGAAAACAUGAUUUAUAUGCCUGUGGAUAGUAGUUGUGAAAGUUAAUUAAAUUUAGAUUAUUAAUUUGCUAAAUUUAUUUUGUAUUUUUAAUGUAUUAUGAGUUACAAUUUUUUUUUUAAUUAAUUACAUUGUCAAAAAAUGGCAUUGAAAUAAACCGAUUUAUUUGAGUUAUUAUACGAAUCUACGAAAAUUUAAAGAUAUGGCAAUUAUUGUUCUCUAAAAGGUGCCAAAAAAAUUAAGAACAAUUUUGAAACUAUUUGUAUGAAUAAAAUAUUGUUACAUACAAUUAUUAUAUUAUGAUUUAUUAUUUUGUUCUAACUAGUUGGAAAUUGUGUUUAUUAAACAAUCACAAAGGAAAUUGCUUCCCAUAACAGGAAUAACAGGAUACAUCUUUUAUACAUAAUACAAAAAUUAAACAAAUUUAUCUAAUACCUUGUUACAUCAACAGUGUCAAAAUAAAUAUAAUUUUAAUAAAACUGAGUCUUU